AUGCUUUCAGCAAAUGAAACAAUGAUAACGGAAUUUCUGCUCCUGGGAUUUAAAAGCCCUCCUAGUGUGACUAUGUUCACAUUUAUUCUAUUUCUGGUACUUUAUAUUAUAAUCAUCUCUGGAAACCUUCUUAUAAUUUUACUUGUGUCAACAAGCAGACGUCUUCACUCUCCGAUGUACUUCUUCCUGGGCAAUCUCUCUCUGUCUGAAAUUACUUUCACAACCAACAUUGUUCCCAACAUGUUGCAGAAUUUAUUGUGUGGUGAUGGAGUUAUAUCAUUAGCUGGAUGUUUUACACAGUACUACUUCUUUAGUUCUACAGCUUCAACUGAAUGUCUACUUCUUGCAGUUAUGUCUUAUGACCGUUAUUUGGCCAUAUGUAACCCACUGCGAUACGCAUCUCUAAUGCAUUCUCAGCUCUGUGCUCAUUUGGUUAUAUGGUCAUGGUCAGCUGGAUUUAUUAUAUCAAUGAUAACUUUGAUUUUACUAAACAGGUACAAUUAUUGUGGCCCUAAUGCAAUCGAUAAUUUUUUUUGUGAUCUUACCCCACUCAUACAACUUGCAUGUUCAGAUACAUUCUUAGUAGAGAUUGAAUCAUUCAUAUUCGCCUCUAUACUAACACUGCUCCCUUUUAUUUUUAUUCUUCUAACAUAUAUAGUUAUAAUUUACAAUAUCAUUAAGAUACCAUCAACUAGUGGCAGGAAAAAGGCUUUCUCAACCUGCAGUUCUCACCUUGCAGUAGUAUCUACUUAUUACGGCACCCUGAUUGCUAUGUAUGUUAUACAAUCCCCAAAUCAGUUAUAUGAUGUGAACAGAGUUUUGUCCCUUCUUUAUACAGUAGUAACACCUGUGCUUAACCCUAUAGUUUACAGCCUGAGAAAUCAAGAUUUCCAUGAAGCAAUUAGAGCCUUUUUAAGAAAUGUAAGAUAUACUCUAAAGUCAUGA